AUGCCAACGCCGCUGCAGGGCCGGGGCUGCAGCCCGCAGGUCUCCGCGGACGAGCGCGUCAGCACCCUGAAGCAUCUGGUCUUGGAGAAGUUGAAUGUCCCAGUCUCUCAGCAGCGGCUGCUUUUCAAGGGCAAAGCCCUGGCAGAUGAGCACCGGCUCUCAGACUAUUCCAUCGGCCCUGAGUCCAAGCUGAACCUGGUGAUCAAGCCACCGGAGAAGGCUUCCCCCGAGGACCCGGGGCACAGGGGACCCCCGCCACCAUUCCCGACCAUCUGGCACCCGCUGGGCCAGGUCCUGGCUCGGCACUUCAGCACAGCUGACGCGGAGAAGGUGCUGGAGCAGCUGCAGAAGGAUUAUGGGCGGAGCCUUCGUCUGCUGAGCCUGGAUGACAUUGAGCGGCUGGCCACGCGGCUGCUGCAGCCAGAGGUGGCUGAUGCAGUGGAGAUGGGAUUCCUGGACUAGCACCCAGACAG